UUCCGGUGCCGGUGCCGGUGCCGGUAGCGGGGGCGAUGAGCGGGCGGGCGGAGCGGCGGCGCCUGGUGCUGCACCUGGACAUCAACAACACCGUGCUGCCCGCAGACACCGUCACCGGGCGCGGCCCGCGGGAGGCGCUCAACGGCUUCCUCUGCACCGCCACCUGGGGGCGCGACGGGGAGGGCGGUGAGUGGCAGUGGGUGAGCGACCGCCCCUCGCUGCGAGCCCCCUGCCCCGACGCCGUCAGCUACUACUGCCGCUACGGCCGCGACCCGGCCUUCACCGAGGGGGGCGCGGGGCAGCGCUUCGGAGACCUCCACGCGCGGUACCUGCGGCUGCUGGCCUGGCCGGGGGAGCCCCACGAGGAGCUGUCGCUGCGGGACGGGCAGGGUGAGUGCUACCACCUCCUGCUGCCCUCCUUCUACCGCCUGCUGGACGCGCUGCACCGCGACGGCCGGGCCUUCGCCGUCGUCUUCAGGACCUUCGGCACCGACCUGCCCCGCGCGCUGCGGGCGCUGCGCUGCGCCCUGGAUGGGCAGCACCCGCAGUUCCCUGCCCUGAGGGACCUGGCGCUCUCCGUGGACCUCACUCCCGGCCAGAUACGCUGCAGCAAGCGAGAGGUGGUGCUGAGGAGGGGAGCGGAGCGGCUCGCCACCCGCGAGGAUGGGAGGAAGCUCUACGACUACUUCAGCUCUUUGGAGGGAGUCGGAGGCUUCCAGGACCACUAUGACUGGUGGGCCAGGAAUCAGUUCUCCUCGCGGGGCGGGAAGCCCCUGUGGAUCGACCCCCAUGAUCCCAGCGUUCACCACAUCUUCAUCGACGACAACAUCUGCCUGGACGACACGGACACCAUCGUCCGUCCCCUGGAGCCUGGGGCUGCCGUGGGGAGGCUGGAAGUGGCCGAGCUGCUGCCAGGCUCCUGCGUGGGACAGGAAGGUGCUGGGCUGCCUGCACGAGAGCUGAGUCUGAACCCCAGCCCGUUUCCAUCCGGGAGGAGGCAGCACAGGAGGAAGCUGCAGCAGCUGGGAAGCGGUCUGCAGGGCAGCUGGGGCACGCAGGAGGAUGGCGCGCUGGUCGGAUGUUCAUUUCCAUACCAACACCUUCAAUUACUGGGUCUGUGGCUGGUGACAGGAGCUGUCACUGCCCAGAGCAGCGCUGUUGGAGGCUUUAUCCUGUGCCUGGGCUGCUUCAGGUGUUCUCGGAGCGAGGCAGCAGCAGCCCCCGGUGCGCCCCGACCUCGGAGCUGUACGACGUCUGCCUGGUGCGGACCGACCUCCUGGAGGCCAUCACGGACGAGGACUAUUUCCUCCGCUGCGUGAGGAGGUGUGAGGAGAACUAUGACCGCUACCUGGCCCGCCUGGGGAGCAGCUCCCCGAGCCAGCAGUGCGAUGCACAGUGAUGGACAGUGAUGGACAGUGAUGGACAGUGAUACCUCCGCGCUGGCGGGGCCAGGGCUGAGAGGCUCAGGAUGGGGAUGUGCCCUCCUUCCUUCCUGCUGCACACAAAGUCCCGGGCUGGGCGUUGUUUUGAGCCAUCCCCUCUCCUCUCCGACGUGUGCCGUGUCCACUCCAUCCUACCAGGAACCCCCGUGCCCAAAAAACAAGUGUCCUGGGAGCUUGUGUGAAGGCAACCCUGGAGGAAACUGCUGUCCUUUCCUCACAGCGGGGUGGGAGCUCUCUGCCCCUGUGCCUGCUCCCGGGCUAAGGUUGGGGCUUUUUGUGCCCCUCUGCUCGUGGGGCAGGGCCGUGGUGCUGCCCCCCACGCAGCCACGCUGCUGUUUGUCUCCGUUCCCACUCCUGUAUCCUACAGGGGCAGCUGGUGUGGUGCCGGUGCCCCGGGGAAGCGCGGUGUUACCUGCUCGCACCGCGGUGUUCUCCCUAGCAGUGACACUCCUGCCACUUCCACCUGGUUUUAAAGCAAAUCUCCCCCUG